CUAAUUCCAGUGUACCUGCCGUCAUAUUAGUACCUGUAUCUGUACCUCUAAAUCCUUCGCGCAAUCGGCAAGAUGUCAGGGCCACGCGUAUAUAUUGAAUUCUGUGGUGGAUGAGGGUACGCGCCGAAGGCCGACGCACUGAAGAAGCUCAUCCAGAAUGAGGUUCCGUCUGCAUCAGUGUUCGCUGAGAAAGGAAGAGCAACUUCCUUCGAAGUGUCAGUAGAUGGAGUCCUCAUCUUUUCGAAGCUACAGUGCGGUCGAUUCCCGGAACAAUCCGCGAUUGUUGCUCAAAUCGCCUCGAUCUCGGAAGGUCGUCAACCAAAGAUGGUCACCGUCUACGAGGCACCGUCCGGUUGUUCCGUUCUCUAGCCCUCCUGUUUAUCUGGUCUUUCCAUUUUCUGGGUUGUAUGACGUUUCUUUGGUCAAAUCUCAAAGUCUAUCGAAGCCGAUGUAGCGCCCAACUUCUAUCUACCCUAUCGCCUAUUUUAUGCACUUAGUUAUGCACUUAUCGUGGACUCAAAAGCACUCUCUUUACUCUUAUUCCCUAUCCAAGCCACAGUUUGACGUAAUUAGUUUGUGAUGAUGUUGCAAUUUCCGUGUGGAUUCCAACUUGUUGUCCUGUCUGGUUUCACUUCUGUCCUAGUUUCAAAUUUGGAAUAUCACAUGGUUUUAG